GUGUUCACCGGAAAAUGUGCGUUUGAAUCCCGCACCUUGACAGCGCAGUUCCUCCACGUUGCGGUGUUUACCUGGUGACCCACAGAUCGGAACCAGUGAUGGACCCGUCCUGACCCUCUCCUCCCUCCCGGGAACCACACGCACACAAACCGCAUCAGCAUGGAGGACGACCGCUGUGAUCCGGACGGGCCCGCUCAUCCUCGGACUUUCCCAGCCGGCGAGUCCGGGCGGAGCGAGGGGCAGCCCGCAGAGCUCCGCGUCGACUUCCCGGUGUCUGUGGUUCUUCCUGCCGGCGGCACCGGGGAGAGAACCGGUCUCUCGACACCGAAGCAGUUCUGCUCGAUCCUAGGUAGACCGCUCAUCAGCGUCACCGUCCAGGCGUUCGAGAGGGUGUCAUGGAUCCAGAGCAUCGUGGUCGUUGUUGCCAAAGAAAACAUGGAGCUGAUGACGGAUAUGGUUCAGCGCUUCCAGCACACAAAGGUGCGAGUGGUGGCGGGCGGCUCGACUCGGCACAGGUCCAUCUGUAAUGGCGUCCUGGCUCUGGGUGAGCAGGAGGAGGAGAGGGCACCGAAGGUGGUCAUCAUCCAUGAUGCUGUGCGGCCUUUUGUUGAGGAGGACUUUCUGUACAAGAUAGCUGUGGCUGCUGAGGAACAAGGGGCCGCAGGAGCUAUCCGACCUCUUGUUUCCACGGUGAUAGCCACCACAUCAGAGGGUUACCUGGAUCAUUCUCUGGAGCGAGGCAAGUACAGAGCCAGCGAGAUGCCUCAGGGAUUCACGUACAACGUCAUCCAUCAAGCUUAUCAGAGGUGCACUGAGUCAGACUUUGAGUUUGGCACCGAGUGUCUCCAUCUGGCUCUGCAGUACUGUGGCACCAACGCCAAGCUCAUCGAGGGGCCGCCAACGCUGUGGAAGGUGACCUACAAACGGGAUUUGGCUGCAGCAGAGUCCAUCAUCAAAGAGUCUCUGUCUCGAUCGGCCUGUGUGAUCACAGGUGGAUCAGCGGCGGCUGUGACGUUGGCCGACGCUCUACAGAAAGCUGCUGCAGCCCUGGACAUGGAGCUGGACGUCGUCUCAGAUCUGAUGGGGGACAGCGGCAGGUAUCUGUUAAAGGAAUGUAACUUCAUCCAGGUUUCUGUUAAUCGUGGCUGUCCGUCUGAAGUGAAGUCCUUACUGAAGGAUUUAGAGGCAGCGAAUCGAGCUCUUCUUCAGCCGCUGGUCGUCAUUUGGGUGCAUUUGAGUGGUCCGGAUGAGCUGGUGAUGCCAGAGCCAGCGUCGAUCAUGGACGUGGCCUCAGCAGCCAAGCUCAGGAAUAUUCUCUUCUACGGCAUCCAGCUCCAGCAGUCAAAGGAUACAGAGCGUUGGGAGAGGUCAGUUUCGAGGGUCGCUGAGAUCACUUCAGCCCUGAUCCGGGAGAGGAGCCCCGCCUUGGUGGGACAGCUUCUGCAGGCGUGAAGGGAAGCAGCAGCAACAGAAAAUCCCCUCAUCAUGACUCAUGAAUCCUGCAGGGAUGAGACGGUCACAUGUCUUUCUCUGAUCUAAGAGUUUAGGGACUUUCGUGUCGAGUCGACGCAGCAGAGGUCCAGAUGUCCUCACUUUUUUCUCCCAAGUGGGUGUCGAGCUCCAGAAACCCUGAAUCCUACUCUUCUCAUGAUGCAACUCAAGAGCUUCUGUUGUUAAACUCUCCCAGUCUGGUGCACGAUCAUGUUGCUCAAUCCCCAUUCCCCCAAUUUAUAAGAGCAAAACAAGGCUUUAUAUAACUGGAAUGCAUCUGUGUGCAGCUCAUACCCUCCACCAAGGCCCAACACUCCCCUCAUUUCAAUCAAGCUGCACCAACUCUCUCACACUCAGAGAUAUCAGUUCUCUAAACAGGUCAGCUUUUUUUUGUUAAGAUUAAUGAAUCCCUGGGAAAUCAGUGAAAAUGUCAAAGAAAAUAAAAAGUGGAAAAUAAAAUUCCUGCAUCUGCCCUCUGACACGGAUCUGCAGCUAAAUCAAAUGGAAAUCUUCUGCCUGGUUUUUGUGUAAUCCUGCAAACAAACAAACAAACAAACGCAGACCUUGUAAACAAAGCGUCCUUGGCGGAGGUAAUGAGUGUAAACAGGAAGUGAAACCAGAACUAAAAGACAACAUUACGUUAUGAUAUGAAAGUGUCUUCGGGGACGACCCCGACCUCACAACACUAUGUCUGUUCAUUCAAAUGAGAAAAAAGCUGCAAAGUUGCUUCAUCAGUGAAGUGAGGUACGUCAACGAGUCAUGUGACUGAUGGAGGAGGGUUUGUUAGUUAUAACAGUUUAACUCUGUAUUGUGUGUAACACUGGAUGCUGAACAUUAACAUGUAAUGAAAUGGUCCUUUAUUUUUUUUACUCCAUUAAAACUGCUUGUUUUUCA